GGGAGAGCAGUGUGAGAACCUGGACCAUCGAACCCAGUCAGAGCCUCAGAAUCAGGAAGGAAAAACCACGUUGGAGUGGUGUCUGCUUACUGACCAAGAGAGUUGCUGACCUUGGCUUCAGCCUUGGAGCUACUGAGGGUACUAGUCACCCAGCUGCUCUGCGAUCGCCUGAAGGAGUGAAGGAAGCCCCUCUGGACACCUGCCUGCAACAGGAGCCCCUCAGCUUCCCAGCAGGAAGGACCCCAAAGGUGCGCACCCUCAGCCCAGGACAGAGACCCUGCAGCCCAGCCUCGUGAGAAACCCAGCUCAGUGCAGCCCCAAUGGCAGUGGCCGCAGCCCUGGCUGGCCUCCAGGCAGAAGCCAAGUGUCCCGUCUGCCUGGACGGCCUGCACGACCCUGUCACCAUCGAAUGCGGGCACAACUUCUGCCGCCGCUGCAUCCAGCGGUCCUGGGCUGAGCUGGAGGACAGGUUCCCUUGUCCCGUGUGCCGCCACUCGUGCCAGGAGCCGCACGUGAGGAGCAACACCCAGCUGGGCAGGAUGAUCGAGGUGGCCAGGCUGCUCCACAGCAGCAGGAGCAGCAGCAGGAGGAGCCAGCAGUGUCCCCCGUGCGAGCGGCACGACCAGGUCCUGAGCCUCUUCUGUGAGGAUGACCUGGAGGUGCUGUGUGCCCUGUGCGCGCAGACCCCUAAGCACCGGAGCCAUGUGCUGAGGCCCCUGGCCGAGGCCGCCGCUGACCACCGCCAGAGGCUGGGCGGUUACGUGGGGCCUCUGAAGAGGCAGGUGGCGGAAGCCCAGAGUCUGCUGGUAGCCCAGGACAGAAAGGUGCUGGAGCUGCGGGAGCACGUGCAGCGUCAGCGGCUGGAGCUGGCCUCGGAUUUCGCGCAGCUCAACCGGGCUGUGGACCGCGAGCAGGAGGCCGCCCUGGCCAGGCUGGUCCAGGAGGAGCACACCAUCCACGAGCAGCUGGGCGCCAACAUCGCGGCCUUCUCAGACCACAUCUGGGAGCUCCGCGGCCUCCUGCAGGAGGUGACAGAGCGGAGCGUGCUGCCAGGGGCCCAGCUGCUGAGAGGCAUCGGGCCCGUCCUGGGCAGGUGCGAGAGCCUCAAGUGCCCUGAGGUCUACUCCUUCCAGCUGCGGCGGGAAGGCUGCAGCCUCCCCGCGCAGCACUCAGCUCUGCAGAAGAUCAUUCAGAAGUUCACCGAGGACGUGAUCCUGGACCCCGAAAGCGCGCAUCCCGACCUGCUGGUGUCAGAGGAUAGAAAGUCUGCGACCUUAGCGAGGAAGAGGCAGGGGGUUCCCAGAGCUGGGAGGUCCGGGGCGGAGCCCGCAGUGCUGGGCCUGGGGGGCUUUGGGCGGGGCCGGCGGUACUGGGAGGUGCGGGUGGGCGGGGCCACGUGGGCCGUGGGCCUCUGCACGGACUCCGCCCCCAGGCCCAGAGCCUGGCUCUUGGAGGACCCGAGAGGCUCCUGGACCGUGGGCCGGCGCGAGGGGGCCUACGAGGCCCGCGGCCCCGCGGGCACUGUCCCUCUGGAGCUGAAGGAGGAUCCCGGCGGCAUUGGCGUCUAUCUGGAUUAUGAACUGGGAGUGAUUUCCUUCUACAGUUUCAAGGACAGGUCCCACAUCUACUCUUUCAGCGAUACCUUUUCCGAGGUGCUGAAGCCCUACUUCUCUAUCGGGUGCUCUUCUCAACCUCUUACCAUCUGCGCAGUAAGAGAUUACGGAGAGACAUCAGAGACUUUGCCUUCCUUCCUUCCUUCCUGAAGUUUAUGGACAGUAGGAAGACUAUGUACCGAUGUCAGUACAUCUGGCACCGACAAUUUUUUUUUUUUAAUUCUCAUUUGACUUAAAGCCAUUAAGAAAUUUUUUUUUCCUAUUUUGUUGAUGGUGUUGGUGAUGGUGUUUCAGUAGCAAUAGAGAUGUUGUGGGAACUCAGAGGAAAGUGGAUAAACUGUGAAGUGUUUCUGGAAUUCUCACAUUGCACCUGUAAAACUCAUUUCACCGCUUCAAUAAAGGUGUUUA